AUGUCAUGGUAUGCGAACCAGAGUGAGUUGCACGCACUGACGCUCGUGUCGGCCGUGUCUUCGGUGCUCUCCAUCAUUGGCGCUUCCUAUAUCAUUGGACGCUAUUGGUACGCACGGAGACUCAAAGCCAAGUCGCUCUCGGUUUACGCCGCGUCGCCCCAUCAUCUCGACGUGACGAAGGAACUGAUCCACAUCAUUGCGUACCUGGACUUGUUGGGCGCCACUGGACGCGCGUGGGGCGUGCUGCCAACGGAAACCUUCGACCAACAAGCAGGAGAAUCAGUGACAUUCGUGUGCAAGCUGCAGGCUUUUCUUAUUACGUUUGGGGAUGGCGCUCCAAUUGCGUGGAAUUUCAUCAUUACUCUUAAUCUGUACCGCUGGGUGUGUAUGGGCGAGGACCAGCAAAUGCUCAUGAAGAAGAUCAAGUGGUACAUUGUCAGUACGAUGCUCAUCGCCCUCGGCAUCCCCACUGUCUGCCUCGUUUUCAACAAGUUUGGUGACGCAGGUCUCUGGUGCUGGGUCGUGGUCACAGACGACUCGGUCGAGGAACUCUGGUGGAUGUUUGGUGCACUUUACUUCUGGGUCGUUGUAGGCGGCAGUGCCAUGACUGUUCUUCUCGUGCUUGUCAAGACCAACAUGAAGAGAAGACUCAAGACGCACGUCAACGAAGAUGCGAAUGACGCCUAUUACGCCGUGGUGCAUAACCUCACCUUGUACGUUUCAAGCUUCAUUUUGUGUUGGCUGCCGGCCGUGGUGCACCGCGCUUUCGCUACGUACACGGGCAAGACGUCUUUCACACUCGACCUGCUGCAUGCUGCAAUUGUGCCGCUUCAAGGCUUUAUAAAUGCCGUCAUUUAUGGCAAAUUUCAUGUCUGGGUCGUACGUCACGUUCGUGAGCCGUGGGUCAGCAAUGGUGGGCUGUCUACGAAGAAUAGCAAGACCGUAGAAGGCUUGCUGCGACAGUCGGUACUAUUGCGGGAACAAGAGCGGCAGCACAUGGGCACGGUGGCCAUCUUCGUCACGACUUUUGACAUGAAUUGGUCGCCGUGUCCAGCAAACUUAGAGGAUUGGAUCCCGGCAGGAAAAGAUCUGUACGUAUUCUCACUCCAACAUUGCGUGGAAGUACAAGCCAUCGAGCAGGUGAUCCGAGGGUAUCUUCUCCAGGUGAACUAUCCCAUCGCCUACCGGUCCAUCACGUCGAUUGCUGGAACGGCAUUCCGAGGCCACGUUCAAGAUGCGUCAGUUUGUCAAAUCGUUUUCGUGAACAAUGCCGAUGAUGCUAGCGGUAACGUGAAGCUCGAUGCAACGGAUGGUCGCAUCUGGGCGCAGCGGAAGACUUUCGACGAGGUCGUGGGUAUUCCCAUCCGGUACUUUGGUGUCUCUAUCGCAUUCGUUUCAUGCAACCUCAGCACUUCAAUCUCUAACGGCUCGCAGCGACUCGAUCGACCCAUGGAAAGCAAUUUGUACGCCAAGCAUGCAGUCGCCUCGAGUCUCAUUCACUCGUUCUGCAUGGACGCGGACCGAGCAGCAGUCGACUUUCCGAACUUGUAUCACCACACAAUUGUUUCUGGAAACUUGAAUUACGACAUCGAUAUGCCCACAUCUGCGCUUGCAGCAGCAAUCGACCAAGCAUACAAGGCUGCAUCAUUGCAGAGAGCGACGGAUACCGCGAUUGAUGCGCAAAUCCGAGCAGUUUGCAAUUAUGAGACUUCCUGUAGCAAGAAAAACGCAAGUAGCCAACUCAGUGACUCCGAUGUAGAGGAAAGUUACGGUGGCACUGGACGGAGCUUUCAGCGAAGCAGUGCUGGAGCUUCGUCGUCAACGAGUGGUGACAGCAGAUACGAGGAGGUCUUCACUAUUUGUGAGGACGGCAUUCCGCUGACGAUGCUCAAGCCGGUUUGUGAAUGCCAACAUCAACCAAGUCACUGCAAGUGCAGUGUGGACGAACGAGAUCCAGACGAUGCGGCUACUGUCAUCCACAAAGAGGAUGGAAAGGUUGAUACAACAUUACGGCCGACUGACUGGGCUUCUUUCUUGGACAAUCAACUACCAGUACAGGCUCUCGAAAGCCGGCGGGGGGUAUCUCUUUUCGCUUGUAAACAUCGCGCUCUGGAUCGCUUGACAUGUAGCGACCAUUUUGCACCACGAAACCACAAGAAGAUCCGAGAUUUGUUAGCGAAGUCGGAUCUCGUUACUGAAAAUACGGCUCGCAAGUGGCUGGAAGUGCUUCGUUACGACGAGCUGCAGGCAUCAAUUGAGGCAAAAGAGAUUUUCACUGGGUUCGAAGAACCUCCCAUUCAGUUCCUACCUUCUUUUCCGCGCAAGAUCGGUGUAGCUGCUUCUUUUUCAAUGGUUGGUGAGCCUUCGUGCCAAGAACUGUUCUGUGAAACCAACGGAGAAAUGCUUGUCGGAGAUUCUCGACCAGCGUACAAGGAUCGUGUCAUGAUACACUCCUUGAACGACACGAAGCAGCGGAUCAGGAAUGUGGGCUAUUGGUCGUGUGAGGAUAUUGUAACGUCUACUCACAAACCGGUCUGCAGCAUCUACGAGCUCGAGAUCGACAGUUACUUUUCUUAUAACCUCGAUGAAGCCGCAGUUGCAGAUAUGCGGCAGGGUAACCAUGCUCUACGCGACAAAAAAGAUGUGCAUGAGUUUAAACUCAAAUUGGUGAAAUUGGAUGCGAACAUUUGGACGUACGGAGAGCGUGAUGGUGGCUCCUUCGUCCAAGUCAACGGGUAUCGCCGACGUGGGAAUGGAUCCAUCCACUCGAGUCAUACGACAGGUGGACGAAGCAGUCGUGGUGCACUUAAAUCGAGCAGCACGCCAAACAGCAUUGGAUCUUCUCGACACAGUGUCCAACUACCAAUGAAUUCCAGGAAGCCAUCGAUCGCUCAAGCGGUCGCACGUGCACUGCGAACGAGUCGGCUACGCUCGCGCAGCACUGCAAGUUCGAGAAAUGGUACAUUCAACCAGUACUCAGAUUUCACAAGUGGACUGGCGGUAGUAGCACAUCCAUUAGCUGAGACCGGCGACCGACUCUCCGCCCUCGCGGCUCCUCGAAAUGAGCUCAUACCAGUGGAACCCGUGAGUAUCUCGACCAUCUUUCCUUUACCGUCAGAGGAUAUCUACGCUCUUCAGCGAAAAGUGUACGAGGUCGCCCACUUGGUGCAGAAUGGCUUCCAGUCCAGUGCUCGUGUGGACGACGAUGAGGAAUCUCAAUUGGCCUACACGAACUUUCGCACGGUGGCGUGGAAAGAGGCAAUGUCCAAUGGCGUGACGCACUCGGCCAUUACCAAGGCAGUAAACGGCGGAGUGCACAUUGCGAUCAGUAUUGAAGCCGAGAAGGGCUUCGGCGGUCAGGGUGUCCUGUGCUUGAAAGAGUCAGACUUGAUCACGCACGCCGCCCCUGUGAUUUGUGAGGCUGUGCCGAUCACGUUCGAUGUGAUUUUGACGUGGGGAGGCAGGCACGUGGGUUAUCUUCAUGGAGAUGUCUUGUGCUCGAUGUAG